AUGGCAUCCAACCGAAUAUUCACAACCGAAUACCCGAAAGUGAAACUGCCUCACCCGUUCUUGAGCACAUAUCGAAUAGAAACAGUGUCUACGACAAGACCCUCGAGACUGAUACUCACCCUUGACGAUAACUGCGCACCUGGGAAGCCACUACCUGAGCCACUGCAUUCACAAUCUCUUUCAUGGUUUGAUUUGGAUAACAGAUCAGGAGACAGACAUCCAGCGCAAACUGAUAAUAGCUCCUGGGCACGAGCUUGUAGGAGUCCAAAGACCAGCUUCAAAUGGACCGGAACCAAUGCACCCUCCUUAGGUCAAAUCUGGAACGUGAUUCAUGCAAUAUAUCUCACUCAUCCUACGCAUGAAUACUUCCGACUUGCUCUCGAGGGCAGGCAGAAGGAUAUUGUUAGAAAUGAAUUACUUGUAACCGGUCUAGGAAUGGAACAUCCAGAGCCAUGGCAUCUGAAGGAAAAGCCAAGUUUUGAUUCUGAUUGCUUGUUAAUCCUUCGCAGUGCUUUCUGGCAAGGUGCUGCUUCUCCAUUUGGACCACGUCCAAUCUGGGUGGUUGGAGACGGUACAGACCAGAACAUUCGCAGGCCUCUAGCCCAGUACCCCAUUAUGGCUGAAAACUAUCACUUUACCAUGAAGUUCCCAGAGGAACGAGUUUACAUCCGUCAUCCAAUACGUCGACCGAAGCCACAUCCAGGGUCAAUCGCAUACAGUCGAUAUAUUCCUGAGCUUGACGAGCACUUCUCACUCGAGGUGGUUGACUGGGAGAACUUGGAUCAUCUACAGUUAUUCAAUAAAUGGCAGAAUGACCCUCGUGUAGCACAAGGCUGGAACGAAACUGGAACUCUCGAGCAACAUCGCCAGUAUCUGAAAAAACUCCAAUACGACCCCCAUGUACUGUGUUUAUUUGGACGAUUUGACGAUGUUCGAUUCGCCUACUUUGAGCUAUAUUGGGCAAAGGAGGAUCACUACGGCGCGCAUUACGACGCUGGAGACUAUGACCGCGGGCGCCAUUCGCUCGUAGGAGACGAAACCUUCCGAGGGUCAAAACGAGUUAAUGCAUGGUACUCUAGCUGCAUUCAUUAUGUCUUUCUAGACGAUCCAAGGACUGCAAAUGCUGUCGGAGAACCAAAAGCCACAGGAUCAACUAUUUUGUCUUACGAAAACGCACAGGGCCUGGUCAUCGGCAAAUAUAUUGACCUUGGGCACAAAAGGUCCGUUCACUCAAUAUCAAGUCGCGAAAAAUGGUUUCAGCUUUGUCCGUUGUUCUGGGAUGGGCGGGAUCGCCCUUUGGAGUCCGCUGAUCGCGCAGCAUGGAAUGCAAAACUGUGA